AUGACUUCUCUCUUCUUCUCCACUCCCGUCGACAUUGACGUCGUGCUCGAAGACAGCGAUGAACGCCAGACUGUCGACGUGAAGCUCGAUAAGGGCCGCCGCGAGCGAGUCCCCCUUUACAUGGAUGGGGAGUCGGUGAAGGGUGCUGUUACGGUUCGACCAAAGGAUGGGAAGCGAUUAGAACACACAGGCAUCAAGGUGCAAUUCAUUGGCACGAUCGAGAUGUUCUACGAUCGAGGCAACCAUUACGAAUUUCUCUCGCUAGUGCAGGAACUCGCAGCUCCCGGAGAGCUGCAACACCCACAGACCUUCCCCUUCAACUUCAAGAAUGUUGAGAAACAAUACGAAUCAUACAAUGGUAUCAAUGUGAAGCUGCGGUACUUUGUUCGGGUGACGGUCUCGAGGCGGAUGGCAGAUGUGAUUCGCGAGAAGGAUCUCUGGGUCUACUCUUAUCGCAUGCCCCCGGAGACCAACAGCCCAAUCAAGAUGGAUGUCGGUAUCGAAGACUGCCUGCAUAUUGAGUUUGAAUACUCCAAAUCCAAGUAUCACCUGAAAGAUGUCAUCGUGGGGCGUAUCUAUUUCCUCCUCGUGCGGCUGAAGAUCAAACACAUGGAACUAUCCAUAAUUCGACGUGAGACGACGGGUUCUCCUCCAAAUCAGUACAACGAGAGCGAGACGUUGGUACGAUUCGAGAUCAUGGACGGGUCGCCUUCGCGAGGCGAGACAAUUCCUAUUCGUCUGUUCCUUGGUGGGUUCGAUCUGACGCCCACCUUCCGUGAUGUCAACAAAAAGUACUCCACAAGAUACUAUCUGAGCCUGGUGUUGAUCGAUGAAGAUGCCCGUCGGUACUUCAAGCAGUCCGAGAUUACUCUGUACAGACAAGCUCCCGAGUUCGCAGCCACCCCUCAAAUCGCUCAACAGCAACAGAUCCAGCAGCAGCAGCUUCUUCAGCAACAGAAGCUGCAACAGCCCCUACCAGAAGGCUCAGCAACCGCCGGGCCUGGACGCGAAUCAUAUCACACUCAGAAAGUAUCCGCCCCUGCCGCUUAG